CUGGCGCGGGCCUGACUGUGGCGCCUCCCCCACCAUGAGCGUCCCGCCGGAGAGCAAGAGCCGUGGGAUGACGUUUGCCGAGGCGCAGCUGCUGAAGCAUGGAUGGACCCAAGGCAAAGGUCUAGGUCGGAAGGAGAAUGGCAUCACCCAGGCCCUCAGGGUGACGCUGAAGCAGGACACUCACGGGGUGGGACACGACCCUACCAAGGAGUUCACGGACCACUGGUGGAAUGAGCUCUUCAACAAGACAGCCGCCAGCUUGGUUGUGGAAACGGGGCAGGAUGGAGUCCGGAUAAGGCAUCUUUCUCAGGAGACCCCCCGGCAUAGUCGUGCCAAGCCCAACGUGCUGUAUCAGAAGUUUGUGAAGACGGCCACACUGACGGCAGGUGGGGAGCAGCCAGAGGAGGACUUGCACAGCCACAGUGAGGACGACAGCCAGCGGCCCAAGCCUCCAAAGAUUCUGACUGACGAGAUGCUGCUCCAAGCCUGCGAGGGGCGGACGGCACACAAGUGAGUAGUGCUCGCUCCGCGGGCUCCCUGGGGGGCGGUCUGUGCCCCUUCUCCACUCUUGUCACCUGGGGGGAAGGGUUCCUGCUGCCCCAAGACAGGCAGCUCCGCGGCGCCUGCAGGGCUCAGUCAGUUAGGCGCCUUCAUCGUCUUCUUCUCCACGUCGGGCUCUGCUCAGAACCUGGAGCCUGCU